CAAACAAUACAGUACCGUCCGUACAAAAGCGAGGUCUUCCGCAUUUCAGGAUCAAAUAAGUCGUGGAGGAUUAGAUCAAAAUGGGAGUCGAACAAGGAUUGUUGUGGUAUUUGAUACAUUUAGCCAAAUCAUGUGGACCACAUUGAUGAUAUCGCAUUUUAAACCUUCAUUCGGAACAUGCAUUAUGAGCUCUUGCCGGUAAUCUUUAAAAAUCGUACGUUGUUUAAUAUAUUCAAUUAUGCAUAACCAUACAUACAUCGCUGGAGUUGAUCAUGUUUUUUUCAUUUGGAAUAUUUACAGUCCUGAGCAAGCAACCAUUCCCAACCAUAUCAAAUUAAUCAUCAACUAUGAUGUGGAUCCGUUAAUAAUCUAGCUAUAUUGUUGAUGAUUAAAUACGACGUUAAAAUAGUAGCCUGCAGUGCCUGACUACUACUUAUAUGAAAACGUGACUCCGAUAAAAGCAGCGCUAAUGGUGCCCAACUGCAUCAUCCGUUGCUGUGUUUGUGGUGGUAACGUGACGCUCUGCAAUUCAUGGCAGAUUUUGGUGUAAUCAAUGAUAAAAUGCUGUGAAGUUAAAAGAUGAACACGACGUCAGUGACAUCAGUUGUCUUCGCAGAUGGUACGGAUGUAGUCACGACAGAGACGGCGAUGACCAUUGAGAGUACAUCAGUUCCCAACGGUUUGAGCACAUCCCCGUGGGAACAACCGACUACAUCCGGACCAGAUCUAGGAACUACUCCGCAGGACCUGGACCGAGAUAGCAUCGUCAUGACAUUCGGCACCGUAAUGGGUACCAUCGCCGCUUCGCUGAUGUGCAUGACGUGCAUAUUCGGCAACAUCCUUGUGGUCACCGUAGUGCAGCGAAGUCGUCGACUGCAGAGCACGACGAACUAUUUUGUGAUAUCGCUAGCCAUUGUGGACCUUGUCAUGUCGAUUCUCUGUAUGCCUUUCAUGAUUGGUCUAAUCAUUGCAGAUGAGUGGGUGUUUGGUUUGUUUAUAUGUAAGCUAGUGAGGUUCUUGCAAUAUAUGAAACCAGGUGCAACCGUCUAUGUGUUAAUAGCCAUCGGUGUCGACCGUUUCUACACUAUUCUUUAUCCACUGAGCUUUAAAAUCACUCGCGGAAAAGCGAAGAAAAUGAUCAUCAUUAGUUGGUCCAUCGCUACGCUCAUAUCGUGUCCUGCCUUUUAUUUCUUCGUACUAACAGAACUAGGAGGAAACACAACAGUAUGUAUGCCUUUCACUUCCUUGGAAGCAGCUGGGAUCAUGUACAUCACUGCUUUACUCCUGGUCGAAUUCAUCUUGCCCAUGAUCUUGCUUCUGAUAACCUACGCGAGAAUUUUCCGCCAUAUUUGGACGGUCGGUAUACGCGGACGCGCCCUGCAGCGGACAAUGAACAGCGUGCCGCGCGCAAAGGUCAAAACUGUUAAAAUGCUCAUGAUCGUAAGCAGUGUUUUCUUCGUCUCAUGGACACCGUUCUUUGUCGUUCAGGAGUGGUUCACGUGUGCUCAAGACUUGACGCAGAUUAGCCAAUCAGAGGUGAACAUUUACUGGGUCACAGUCUGGAUUUCGCUGACGUCAUGCGCGUGGAAUCCGGUCAUAUACUCGUGCUACAACCCGAACUUUCGACGAGGUUGCAAAGAGGUAUUCUGUGUCUCCACGAUGAAGUGCUACCGGAAGGACACAUACGCCAUCACGAAUUCGUCCAAGUUCUCGCGCAAAAAUCACGUUGGGGUGCUAACUGAGGAAGUUGAGGGCGGGCGCUCGUUCACCUCCUACCGUGCGUUCGAUCGCGACGCCAACGGUGACAAAAAGAUGGCAUGGCCUCUGCCCACCACUACGUCCACAACCUAUUUAUGAUACUGAUGAGGUAAUUAAAGUCAUUCUGCUCUGUUGAAUGCAUAAAAGACGGGACACACAACAGAAAACUUAGUGAGAAAAGUUUUCCUAAUUUAUAUGUAUUGCCCAACGCCCACCGCACCGGCUCGUCUACAUCCGAUUUUAGAACAAAUUGCAUUUUGCUCAUUUUCUUAAAAUGUGAAUGAAAAGUAAGCCUAUUAACUGAAAGCAUACUAAUUUUACAAUGUUUGAUGACUGCAAACCUUUAUUUUGUAGUAAGGUACAAAUUAGUUCCAAAUCGUACGAUUGCUAUGACGUCAUUACGACUAGAUAUUACAUUUGCUUUUAUUCUAAUAGACGUAAGUAUUAGCAUAAUUAUAGUCACUGGUUUGAACAUCGGUAUUCGUAGUACGAUGAUUUAGAAGGCCACUCAGUAAGAUAUUACAUGUCUCAAUAUUAGUAUAAAAAUCUACUUCUUUUUUAUGCCCAAAGCGGGUUGCUGACCGAUCUUCUAACUGCAAUUUACGCGUUGGGAGUAUCAUUAUUAUUUUUAUGGUC